AGAGAGUGAGAGAGAGCAGUCCCGAGGAAGCGCGCGUUGAGAGCCCAUGAUUGUCUCUAGUCGGCUAUCUACAGUGUGGCAGAACAUUUCGAUUUUUUUGGGUACGAAGGGUUUACCUAUACAACAACUCAAGAUGUAUUGACGAUGGCGCAACCUACAUCAUUGUUUUAUAAAGGGUUGGAAAUGGAGGAUUUCUCAAGUACUUCUGUAUCCUUUCUUCAACCUCAAAUUAUUUUUGAGUAGUUUAGAAAUUCCGUUCCCCAUUACGUGGAUUAAUACGGUGAAAGGAAGAGUUGGCGCAUAACACCUCGUCAGAAUCAUGGGUCAAACUGGGACAUCAUCUUUCCUCUUCUGCACUCUUCAACUCACAGUGUUGUUGGCAGUUUUUUCAUCUGAAAUUACAUUUGUUACAGCGGUGAAUUCAAACCCAAGCCUCGGAACAAACUCUUCCAUUGGCAACCAGACUAACAAGAAGUGUGAUUCAGUGGGUACUGAAUGCAAAGUGGGUGUCAUUCUGCCCAUAUGGUUACCAGAGAACCCAUCCUUUGGAGAUAAACUGGCAAGAGCCACAGUUUACUUUGUGGCCUUGUUUUACAUGUUCCUGGGGGUCUCUAUCAUUGCGGAUCGCUUCAUGGCAUCCAUCGAGGUAAUUACAUCACAAGAGAGGGAGAUCACCAUCAAGAAACCAAAUGGUGAAAAAGUGACAACCACUGUGCAUGUAUGGAAUGAGACAGUGUCCAACCUGACACUUAUGGCCCUGGGUUCCUCCGCCCCGGAGAUCCUACUGUCCGUCGUUGAGGUGUGCGGUCACAACUUUGACGCAGGUGAUCUGGGCCCGAACACCAUCGUUGGUAGUGCUGCCUUCAACAUGUUUGUUAUCAUUGGACUCUGUGUUUCUGUCAUUCCCGAUGGAGAGCACCGGAAAGUCAAACAUUUGAGGGUAUUUUUUGUUACCGCCACCUGGAGUAUAUUCGCGUACACCUGGCUUUAUCUCAUCUUGGCUGUCAUCUCACCGGGCAUCGUACAGGUGUGGGAGGGCCUUGUCACACUGUUUUUUUUCCCGUUGUGUGUAGGGAUGGCUUACGUUGCGGAUCGCAGACUUCUUGUCUAUAAGUACAUGUACAAGCGCUACCGCGCAGGGAAGCGAAGGGGGGUGAUCAUUGAGACGGAAGGGGAGGCUCAACUUCCUUCAAAGAUGGACAUUGAAAUGGAUGGGAAAAUGCUCAACUCAGAGGGCUUCAUGGACGGAGCGAUGGGUUUUGAUGAGAAAGACCUGGAUGAGGAGGAGGCCAGGAAGGAAAUGGCCCGGAUCCUGAAGGAACUGAAGCAGAAGCAUCCAGAGAAGGAGACGGAGCAGCUGAUAGAACUGGCCAACUACCAGGUAUUGACACAGCAGCAAAAGAGUCGCGCCUUCUACCGAUGCCAGGCUACCAGGAUCAUGACGGGAGCAGGGAAUGUACUGAAGAAGCAUGCAGCAGACCAAGCCAGGAAAGCUGUUGGUGCAUACGAGAUCCGCUCCGAAGUUUCGGAGAAUGACUUUUCGUCAAAGAUCUUCUUUGACCCCUGUACAUACCAGUGCUUGGAGAACUGCGGUACAGUGGCCUUGAAUGUAGUACGCCUUGGUGGGGACUUGACUAACACUGUUUCAGUGGAAUACCGUACCGAAGACGGCACAGCCAAUGCCGGCUCGGACUACCAGUUCACUGAGGGCGUUGUGGUGUUCAAACCUGGUGAGACUGAGAAGGAGAUCCGGAUAGACAUCAUUGACGAUGACAUCUUUGAAGAGGAUGAGCAUUUUCUGGUCCACCUUAGCAAUGUGAAGGUCAUAUCCGAGGGCACUGGCUACGGACAACCAAGGGCUAAUCACAUGGACACUUUGGCGGGCCUUGGCCUGCCCUGCUCAGCCACUGUGACUAUCUUUGACGAUGACCAUGCCGGGAUCUUUACUUUUGAAGAACCGGUAAUGACCGUGAGCGAGAGUGUCGGCAUGAUGGAAGUAAAGGUUCUUCGUACCUCAGGAGCGCGGGGACUAGUGGUCGUACCCUACAAGACCAUUGAGGGUACAGCAAAAGGAGGGGGAGAAGACUUUGAAGAUAUGCACGGAGCGCUGGAAUUCCAGAACGAUGAGAUCUUCAAAACUAUACAGAUCAAUAUAAUCGAUGACGAGGAAUAUGAGAAAAACAAGAACUUCUUCCUUGAGAUGGGAGAGCCUCAGCUGCUGGAGAUGAGUGAGAGGAAAGCUGUGUUGCUUCAAGAAAUUGGUGGAUUCGUGAAGACAGACAAAAGGCUUUAUGGCAGGGACGUCUACCGGAAAGUGCAGGGUAGGGAUAACCCUGUCCCCGCCACCAUUAUCAGCAUUGCAGAGGAAGGGGACGAGGAAGCUCUCUCCAAGAAGGAGGAGGAGGAACGCCGCAUCGCUGAGAUGGGCCGGCCCACCCUCGGGGAGCACGUCAAACUGGAAGUUGUCAUCGAGGAGUCGUAUGAGUUCAAGAACACAGUGGAUAAGCUGAUUAAGAAGACCAACUUGGCUCUAUUGAUUGGAACCAAUAGCUGGAGGCAGCAGUUUAUGGAAGCUAUCACAGUCAGCUCUGGCGAUGAUGAUGAGGACGAGUGCGGCGAGGAGAAGCUGCCCUCCUGCUUUGAUUACGUCAUGCACUUUCUCACCGUCUUCUGGAAGCUCCUGUUUGCCUUUGUGCCGCCCACUGACUACUGGAACGGCUGGGCCUGCUUCGUGGUCUCCAUCAGUAUGAUUGGCCUGCUCACCGCCUUCAUUGGAGACCUGGCCUCCCACUUUGGCUGUACCGUGGGCCUCAAGGACUCCGUGACCGCCGUGGUGUUUGUGGCGCUCGGGACGUCUGUGCCAGACACGUUUGCCAGCAAGGUAGCUGCAAUCCAGGACCAGUACGCCGACGCCUCCAUCGGCAACGUAACGGGCAGCAAUGCCGUCAACGUCUUCUUGGGGAUCGGCGUGGCCUGGUCCAUCGCCGCCAUCUACCACAAUUCCAAGGGAAACGACUUCCGGGUGGAUCCGGGCACCCUGGCCUUCUCCGUCACCCUAUUCACCAUCUUCGCCUUUGUCGCCGUGGCCGUGCUGAUGUACCGGCGCCGGCCUGAGAUUGGGGGCGAGCUGGGUGGGCCCCGGGGCCCCAAAAUCGCGACCACCUGUCUCUUCUUCAGCCUGUGGCUCAUGUACAUCAUAUUCUCCUCCCUGGAAGCUUAUUGCCACAUCAAGGGCUUCUAACUUCGCUAUAAAGGAUCUGAAAGCAAGAUUCAAAAAGCAAUAUUUAAAAGAUUUUUGAAAGCUUUAGCUUCUAGAGUCUUCAAAAGCUUCAGAAAGAUCUUCGGAAGCUUCUUAGUCUUUCAAAGCUUCUAUAAGGUCUUUAUAAAGCUAUUCAAAAGUAUUUGAAAGAUUCUAAAAUGAAAUUGAAAGAUUUUUAGUCUUUGAAAGCUAAAAAAAAAAGAAGAAUUUAUCGCUUUCAUCCAAGACCUCUGAACUAUGUACGAUUAAAUCCAAGGUUUUUGAAGGCAUUGACGUGUCACAUCUCCUACGCCAUUGACUACCACGUCCCGUUGUCCUAAAUCUAACAUCCGUGACAUCCAAUGCUUUAGCCAUCUACUGCCACAUCCAAGACAUGUGAAGAAUCCACUACUACAACUAAGGCCUCUAAACCAACACCAGCAGGAUGGUGGCCCCAAAAAAUUCAAACGUGAAAACGGAGGGAUUCUGUUUUUGUUUUUUUAACUAUUAAUUUAGUGUUUGUUCUCUAGCUCCUUCAAUCCUGUUGUUGCAGCUUUAUUUUCAAUGGAAGCUCUCUGUUGACUUUCAUUGGAUCAAGACUCCUAAGGCUGUGUAUCCAAAAAAAUGUCAUUUCAGAUGAAGCAAAAAACUUGUGCUUGUUUGGUUAUACAGAACUUCAAAGCUAUGCCUAAAAGCGCUGCUGGCUGGCGUCCACAAUUUCUAUUCAGUGCCCCCCCCCCCCAAAAAAAUACACUAGACAAAUAUGUCAUAAUAUUCCUGUAACACAGAAACGUGAGUGGUUGUUUAAAUGCGAAGGGCAUAUGGAUGAUAAAUACAUAGUUACUGAGGUAAAUACCUAAAUGUGACUAUAACUCCUGUUAUGUCUACACAGUACUGUUGCAGUCAUGACUGCAUCUCCAAUACCACAGACACUAAAGAAACCUUUCCUUACUAGAAGAAUGUCUUGAUAUAAAAUGUCACUAAUGCACAUGUUAUAUAUUUUUUGAAAUUCCCCAUGAAACAUUUAUCAGCGACAAUACUAUUACACUAGACAAGUCAAUAAAUAAUGAAUUAGAGGUGAAAUAAGCACUAUGGCUUUGUGAAGUGUAUUUACUGUAUAUCCUAUAAUGUCUUCUAUGAUCUUUCUUUUAAUUGUGUUAAACAUAUUUCAUUCGGUCGGCUUUGUCUGCUAACAGACCAUUUUUACAAUGAAGAGAUUGUGAGAACGUUAUACAGUGGAGACAGUGUAAAAGAUGAGAAUAUCACAGAAUAAUACACAGAGAUGUUUUGUCAAAAGGGGAUCUGAAUUUUCACUAAAAUACAUUUAACACAAUUUACAAAUGAAAUAUCAUUGUAAAACAAAAACUAAACAGUGUAAAUUAAAAUCAAGUUUUCUCAACAGAAAAUAUAUAAUUGGAAGGAAUGAGCCUAGAUAUCUUUCAGUGACAGCUUUUUGAAAAUGUUUUUAGGGAAGUGAAUCAACCUUUUCUAGCGUGGUUGGUUGAGUUGAAGCUCUUUUGAUAUUCUUAUCAGACCUCUUAUGACAAGAAUUAUAUCCUAAGACGAAGAUCCAUACUGUAUCCUUCAUAUUUGGGUGAAUAGGACUUCCAUCGUAGUAAGACGAUAAAGUCCAGAAAAUGUAUAAUAUGCCUUGGAUGGGCAACUUCCUUGAAUAGGCCUGCGGACCAAUAUAGAAAAAUAAAUAAAUAAAUUCUUAGGAGCUUCGUUGGAGUCUCAAUUUACAGUUGAGAGUUAGAAUAAUAGAAUACACAAGGUGCAAUUUCGAAAUUUGGUUGUGCUUCAGCCUCCACCCUAUGGCAAAAUUGGUAGAAUUGCAUGAAAUUAGCUGUAAAACUGCAAAUAUUUCUCUCCGCCCCAUGGCAAAAUUAGUAGAACUGCAUUAAAUUAGUUGUAAAAUAAAAAAAUAUUCUCUCCGCCCUGUUGCAAAAUGUGUAGAAUUGCAGCAAACUUGCUUUAAAACGGCAAGAUUUCUCUACACCCCAUGGCAAAAUGUGUAGAAUUGCAGGAAAUUAACUUAAAAACUUAAAAAAUGUUUCUCUUCGCUGUCACGAGGGGUUCGCUAAAAUGUUUUGUUCGCUGGGGGGUGGUAUUGAUGUGGCUACGCAGACCCACGAGCCACUGCAGUCCCUCAUGAUGAGGUCCAUUGCUCAUCCCUGUAGUAAGCUAUCAAGAUCUCCAAGACAGAGACUGCCAAUCCCUUUAUAUAUUUGAUGUCCCUAGCAUCUUUCAUUUUGUCUGUUAACUACUGCAGGUGACAGAGAAAACAACAAAAACUCUACAGUUGUGCUUCUUUCAUAGAAAAGUCAUCAAGAAUUUCUUGUGUGUCAAGUUUAGUCAUACAUUGUUGUUGAUUCCUUGUCCAGGUGUGCGGCGAUGUUCACUUUAGCGCCGUGGUGAGCAUAGUGUGCCAGUGUUGUCUAUACCUCGUGUUGUCUAUGUCUAAAUAAUCCUCAAUGUUGGAUUAUCAAUGUGCUACUUGUAAACUAUAUGCAUGAGUGUAAACAUAACUGUAUAUAAUAAGCCGUAGUUAUCAUUAACAUUAGGGGACACAUUUUGAUAAUGAGUAGUAAUGGAUUUGGGUUCAUUAAGUUUGUUUUUGUGUGUUUGCUCCUGGAACAAUGUCAUCUGAAAGACUACACUCUUUAAAGUAAUGUGAACAAAUCAUUUUCUUAUUUGUAUGAAAGGCAAUAUCUCAUACUCUUGUGUUGAUGAUAGUUAUUCGUACUGUCCAAAACGACAUUGCUCUGCUUGAGUUUGCUGAUGUCAAGUUUGAGGAAAAGACGAAGCAGUACUUUGUCUGUGUUAUCUGUUUUUGUAUAUAGUGUACAGUGUUGUCAAAGU